CUGGGCGAGGAGGGCGGAAACGGCGCGCGGUGACAGCUGGGAACUUCUCUACUGAUACAGGAAGACCGAGACGGAACAAGCCGAUUGAGCUAGCAGGCGCCCACGGAAAGAAAACAAAUUAAAACCAAAAUCAGCGCUCAUUUGAGUGAGAAGUUAUGGCUGAGCUGGCGAGUUUGGUGCAGCGUUUGGAGGUGGCCGUGGGACGCCUGGAGUCCGUUGCCGGGGGCAGCGGCGGCGGCCCCGCUGGGGGAAGCCCUCAAGGCGUAUCUGCGUAUGUGGAGGCCUAUGAUGCCCUGAUCUCUGGACCUGUAGGGCAGUACCUGUCGCUCAGUGGGCAGAUCGGGGGUGAUGUUCAGAAACAUGCUGAGAUGAUGAAGAAAGCUUUCACCUGUCAGAGGCAGUUCCUGGCCACGGCCUCAGGCUCCCAGAAGCCUUCGGAUGCCGUGCUGCAGUCGGUGCUGUCUCCUGUGUCCGUGAUUAUCCAGGAGGUCCAGGAUUUCCGCGAGAAGAACCGCUCCUCCCCACUCUUCAACCACCUGUCUGCCAUCAGCGAAAGUGUCCCUGCCCUUGGCUGGGUUGCCGUGGCUCCAAAGCCAGGCCCCUUUGUGAAGGAAAUGCAGGAUGCUGCCACGUUCUAUACCAAUCGUGUUCUCAAGGAUUACAAGGAAAAGGACAAGAAGCACGUGGACUGGGUGAGGGCCUACCUGUCCAUCUGGAACGAGCUUCAGGGUUACAUCAAGCAGCACCACACCACAGGCGUCGUCUGGAGCAAGACCGGUCCGGUUGCGUGCGCCGCCUCUGCAGGCGCUCCUCGUCCGCCUGCUGUUGGUGGAGCUCCCCCCCCACCACCACCCGGGCCGCCCCCGCCCACUUGCCCGGCUUCAUCUGCCGGAGACGACGUCUCCCGUAACUUACUAUUCGCUUCCCUCAACAAGGGCGCUGAUAUCACCAAGGGGCUGAAGCACGUGGGUGAUGACCAGAAGACCCAUAAGAACCCAGCUCUGAAGCCCCAGGGUGUCGUGCGUUCAGGGCCGAAGCCCUUCACCUCGUCCCGUCCGGCCCCGGCUGCCGCCGCCCCUGCCUGCGCUCACCCCCCUAUGCUGGCACUCGACGGCAAGAAGUGGAGAGUGGAGAACCAGGAGGGCGCUCAGGGGCUGAUGAUUAGCGACACGGAGCUGAAGCAGGUCGUCUACGCCUACAAGUGCAACAAGAGCACCCUGCAGGUCAAGGGCAAGCUCAACUCCAUCACCCUCGACAACUGUAAGAAGCUCGGCCUGGUGUUCGACGACGUCGUCGGGAUCGUGGAAGUGAUCAACUGCAGGGAUGUCAAGAUCCAGGUAAUGGGCAAGGUGCCUACCAUCUCCAUCAACAAGACUGACGGUUGCCAUGUCUACCUGAGCACGUGCUCACUUGCGUGUGAGAUCAUCAGUGCCAAGAGCUCUGAGAUGAACGUGCUGGUGCCGGGCGAGGAUGGGGAAUUCAGUGAGAUUCCUGUACCAGAGCAGUUCAAAACCGUGUGGGAUGGCAAGAAGCUGGUCACCACAGCAACUGAGAUUGCAGGAUAGAGCAGCCCACAGAGACCGCCCCCUUUGCAAAUGCCAUCCUGACUAACCAACCAAUCACAAAGUAGACUGAGAUGCCAACCUCUCGCACAUUCCCUAUCAUCCAGUUACAGCUGCAGCCCCCACCUUCCUUUUUGCCAAUGAGGACUGCUUGCUUUAUCUGGAGCAAUCCUACAGCCAAUUGCAGGGGAGCGACUUAAAUCCAUUCGGUACACAGGGCUUUAUCAGUGGAUGCUGGGGAGAUGGGUUCAUUAAAUGAUUUUUAUAUUUUAUUUCAUUUUUUUGCCAAUGCCCAGUGAGGCAUUAUACUUUAGUUUAAACAUUCCAGCCAAUUUAGGAAGAUGGUGAGCAAUUCAGAAACGGCCAAAUCACAAAAAAAGUAUGGUUUUGUCUGCUUUUCUCUUCCAUUUUUUGCCUCCUCAAGCAAUUGGGUUAUGUUGCGCUGAUUCCUGUAGCCUCAUGGGAGGAUCCUUUAUGUCUGAUUCUUGUUUCCUUGUUCUGGUCGGGGGUGGUGGUGGGGGGGGGUGGGCAGGUGUAUAGGGGGUGUCAAGGUGGUUUCUGUACCAUAUAUGCAAUUCAGCUGUAAAGCACAUAUACAACUUUCUGCAGUCAUUGAUACUAUCAUUUCAAGGUGACGAUGAUGAUAAUAGUUAUAGAAUUAAUGACAGAAUUGGUGUCCUCAUCCUCAUUUAAAACUAAUUAGAGAAAAUAACGAGUUAUGUGCAGGAACACUGUUGUCUUUUUUUAUCAUUAACACUGAAGAAAAAAAUAAAAAUAAACACCAAAAGUUGUUCUCCAUCUCGUACGGCACUUUCCAUCUAAGUUCCCAUUCAUGCCUGCUUUGAAGAUUUUCUUCUUUUCAUCCUCGCAUGGAAGCAAAUGCAGGCAGUCAGAAGUGAGAAGCUGGUGAGGGGAGAUUUCUGGAAGCAAGGAGCUGUGCAGAAGGCAGCAUGCCUUUAUGGCAUUGUGGAUAAAAUGUCUAUCUCCUGCUUGUCUUGCUUUACCGGUUCUAUGGACCAUAAGAGCUUGCUUUGUGUGACCGCAACUUCCUGUCUGUCUGUUCCUGGUGCCCUGUGGUGAACCUUUAUGUCCGGGCCUGUACCUCCACUCUACAGGCCCUUUGUGUGACGUCCCCCCCCCCUCCGAAUCUCUCAUUUUGGGUCAAGAAUUUAAAUCCUGUAUGAGUACUGGAGGAAGACAUCUUAAAAAUAAAAAUAUUAAAAAUAUUAAAACAAUAAAAUAAUUCCUUGA